AUCUCUGCGCACAGCAAAGCACAGUUGAAAUGGAGAAAGGAGCCUAAUCGAAUGGAAAAAAGAGACUGCAUUUUAUACGGAUUCACUUAACUGGUCCUGUGGUAGCAAGCAUAGUAAUUUAUGAAUUAAGGCAUCGACGGACACACAAAACCCGUCUAAACGGCAACGGCAACUCUGUUAGAGGGAAUUACUGCUCCUCAUAAAAAUUGAACAGAACCUUCUGCAAACUUGACAAGUGAAGAACCAUGAAUGGUUCACUGCUUUUUGUUUCAAGCAUCAUCAUACUGGUAGAUGUGGUGACUGGCUGUCCCCCCACAUGUCUGUGUCAUCCAAUAUCAAAGACAGUGGACUGCAGAAAUCGAGGACUUGCUGAAGUUCCUUCCCACUUACCUGCUGAAACUCAAAUAUUACUUUUGUCAAACAACAACAUUCAGAAACUCAGUCAAAGGACUUUUAGGGGCACACAGACUCUCAACAUUCUGGACUUAUCUAACAAUUCUAUCUCAGGUUUAUUACCUGAAACAUUCAAAGGACUGGAACACUUGCAGAUUCUAAAUCUAACACAUAAUUUCCUUAAAUAUGUAGAUAAUAAGACUUUUAGUUCUCUACCACACCUACGAGAACUAGAUUUAUCAUCAAACAAUAUAGCAAGGCUUCCUAGAACUCUAGGAAACAAGACGGAGAACAUUACUUUAUUAUCCCUGAGAUAUAACCAACUUCAGGAAGUUGACAGACUUCUGUUAGAAUCACUCCCAAAUCUGAAAAUGAUUCUUUUCAAGGGUAAUUUCUGGCAAUGCAAUUGUCAAGUCUUUGGGCUUAAAUUAUGGCUGGAAAUCUUCCUGUACAAUGGAGGAAUUAGUGAUGAAGUCAUCUGUUCAAUUCCUGAAAGCCGGAAGGGAAAGGACCUCCUCAAAAUUCCAUAUGAGUUGUAUGGGACCUGUUCUCCUCCAGCUUCUCCUGUUCACCAGGUCUACUGGCAUCACAACUCUGAGCAUAAAGGUGCUGUCAAGCACACCCACCCCAGUGAAUACGGAGGAAACAGCACGCGCGCAAACUGUGAACCGAAAUCAAAGCCACGGUCCCCUAGCUUGCGUCAUUCCAUUGCCACUGUGGCUAUAACUGGUGUGGUCUGUGGGAUCAUAUGCCUCAUGAUGUUGGCUGCUGCAGGGUAUGGCUGUGCCUAUGCUGUAAUUACAGCAAAAUAUCACCAGGAAAAUUCAUACCCUGGCAAGGAGAAGGAGAGUUGUGAAGAAAAAGAGCCAUUUGAGAAUACAUUGGCUUGAGUUUCUGAUGGCUCUGAACUACCCAGAGGAAAUGCUCUGGGUGGCUGUGGUUCCUCUUUUCUCUAGGACCAGAAGAGUAUUGAAAUAGGUUUAAUGUAUCCUGAGGAUUGAUUUCCUUGGUACAGGAAUAUUCUUCAGCAUAGAAAUAUUGUAAUAUGUAAUGUUUGAUAUUUGCCUGGUUUAUUUGUAUUGUUUUGACCCUGUUUACAUAUGGUAGGAUUGUA